AUGGCGACGACACCCCAGGCCAAGACCCUGACCCGGCUGAUCCAGCCGUCCCUGUCCUGGUUGAGGACAUCGACAUACGUGCCCGUGGAUCUGCGCAGAUCCAUGUCGGGCGGGGCCUCCGAUUCGGACGGGAAGAAGGCAGCGAGCGCCAGCGACGGGGACCGGCCCCUGUCCAACAGCCCCAGCGUCAAGGCCACCCGCCUGGCCUCCGCCUCCUCCCUGAGCGAACCCUCCUACCUGGGCAACUCCAUGUCAGGUGCGGGGCCUCCAGCAGCCUGCAUGUUGAGUCCCCUGCGCCAAGGGUGUCCAGGAGGCAGUCUGCUCCCCACCCCACCUCCACCCACCCUCUCAAACCCACUCGCCCCGCUGCAGAUGGGGUGUACGAACCACGACGCCGCGCGCAGUACGUACCGCACAACUCGAUGUCCGACCCCAUGGACGCCUUCCUCCAGGUACCUGGGCCUGCGGCUCGGCCAUGCCUGCCAUGCACAUGCUGCGCGUGGCACCAGGCUGACCGUUGCAUCACCCUCACCCCUCCGACCCUGCCCACCACCACCGCAGAACUCGCUGGCGGGCGAGUCCAACUACCACCUGCCCGCCGCGCUGCAGAACCGACGGGGCGGGAUCCCCAAGGCACAGGGCUUCUCCACGGGCAAGGCCAGGCCCACGCUGCAGCGCAUCGUGGUGCGCACCUCCAUCCACGACGCGGAGCCGCUGGGCAACAGCUACAGCGACGCGGAGUACGUGCCCCGCCGGCGCUGA